AUGGGCACGGCGACUUUUCCGUCGUUGGUGGCACUGCCGCCGAUGAAAACAAAGAAGCAUAAUACCACUACCACUACCGGGGGAAGUGUCGUGACCGCCAGCACCACUACAGCGAAAAAAGUCCGAAAUAAUCCGAAGAAGAACCUAUGGAAUAACAACAGUCCUGCUGGAGUGCUGGAUCAUCGGUUGCUGGCAAUGGGGGUCCCAAGAACGGUAGCAGCACUGGCCAGCAUCCGGCGACAGAGCGACGGCGAAUGUCGGAAGUCGAGCGGAGACAUCGCUGGCGACGACAGUGUUCCUCAACUGGGGGGGCUCCGUUGGGGAACGUCGACGGCGGUGGGUGUGUUAGUGUUUAUCGUAGUAUUUAUUGAUCUAUUUUGUGCGAGUGCAUCGUCAUCGAUUCAUAGCAGUAGUAGCGGCAGUCAUCGAACGCUGGAACAUGCAGCAGUAGAAGCAGCGCUAGCAGAUCUUAGACUUUCGGAGAUUUAUGGAAAAGAUGACAGUCGGUUUCAUCCCUCCAAAGAAUUCUCGCGUCACAGCAGAAUCCAGCCACGGCUAGUCCAUGGCCGCCACAAGCGUUCUCUAGUGAGCACCCGUGAAGAGAACGGACUUCACGCGUCGCACCUCACGCUCAGCUACCGGCUCAGCGACCGAACCGAAGAUGUGAUAUUAGAUUUACAGUUGAACGAGCGGCUUAUCCCGCGGGGGCACUUCCUCAGCUACCAGCUGCCGUCGGGGGACAAGGUCGUGCAGCGGUACAACCGUACCGACGAGGUCGAGCUGUGCCACUAUCGGGGUGUAAUCCGGGACGUUCCGGAGUCCUCGGUAGCGCUAUCGACCUGCCACGGGAUUCGUGGAGUCGUCUUCGACGGUCACGAUACGUACUACAUCGAGAGUGAUGUUAAGGCGGAAGGGUUGGAGCGGAUAGAUCUGGCCGAUCACUACAUCUAUCGGCACUCAGACCUUUUAACGAGCCCAAAAUGCGGCUACGAAGGCGGUUCUAACGCCACCCACGACCCGGAACUCCACCGGGAGUCGGAAUUCCAAAGACUGUCGAGGCACAAACGGGCCACCGCCAAAUCUUCCUCACCGAUCAGGGGUCCGUACAACGCAAACAAACACUCCAGCUACGUCGAGCUGGUGAUCGUGAUCGACAACAAGAUGUUCAAAAGCAUGAAGGAGAACUUCAAGGUCGUGCAGCAGUACUGUAAGGACAUUACGAACAUAAUCAAUGCGCUGUACGAACCGUUGAACAUUUUCAUUGGCCUUGUCGGGGUGGUGAUCUGGAACGAGGCGAACGAGAUCGAGCUGUCGACGGACGGUGAGGUCACGUUGAAGAACUUUUUGCACUACCGGAAGAAGGUCCUGUCGAAAGAUCACCCGAACGACAACGCGCAGUUGUUCACGAAGGAACACUUUGAGGGUGGAGUCGUUGGGAAGGCGCUAAAGGGACCGAUCUGUACGUACGAGUUCAGUGGCGGGGUUGAGAUGUACCACAGCGAGAUCAUCGGAGUCCAGGCGACUACGGUGGCGCACGAGAUGGGGCAUAACUUCGGAAUGGAACACGAUACGCCGGAUUGCAAGUGCAAAGAGGACCGCUGCAUCAUGUCGGCGUCGAGUUCUUCCAUAGCUCCACGGCACUGGAGCAGUUGCAGUAUCGAUCAGCUGAACUUGGCUUUUCAUCACGGCAUGAACUACUGUUUGAAGAACAAGCCGACGCAGUUGUUCGACUCGCCGGUUUGUGGUAACGGGUUCGUUGAACCUGGUGAACAGUGUGAUUGCGGCCUGCCAGAGUUCUGUGACAACUCUUGCUGUAAUCCUCGGACUUGCAUGCUCCACUCGAAUGCGUCCUGCGCUACGGGACAGUGUUGUGAUCUGUUGACAUGCAAGCCCAAAAUCGGUGGAACCGUAUGUCGAGAAGGCGAAGGAGAGUGCGACCUACCGGAGUAUUGUUCAGGAGAAUCCGAAUACUGCCCAAACGAUGUGUUCAAGAGAGACACCGAGACUUGUGACGAUGGGAAGGCGUUCUGUUACAAGGGAUCGUGCAGGUCGCAAAAUGACCAAUGUCGACUCUUGUGGGGACCUACCGGCAAGUCGUCGGAUCAGUGUUACAAGAAAAAUGAAGAAGGUACACGGCAUGGGAAUUGUGGGUACAAUCGGGUGAAGAACGAGUACGUCAAGUGCGACGAUGGGGACGUGUUCUGUGGGAUGUUGCACUGUAGACAUUUGAACGAGCGGCUGGAGUUCGGCAUGGAGUCGGUAGCCAUUCUCUCCCACAGCUUUAUGACGUACAACGGCAGUGUGAUCCCGUGUCGGUCGGCGAUCGUUGAUCUGGGACUGCAGAAGGUCGACCCGGGGCUGGCCCCGGACGGAGCUAAAUGCGGUGAGGGAAAAAUGUGUCUGAACCAGGUCUGCAUGGCCGUAGAGAGUCUACGGGCGCAAGGCAGUGGCGUCGAAUGCCCGGAAAACUGCAACGGGAACGGAAUCUGUAACAGCGAAGGAAACUGCCACUGUAGUAAGGGCUUUGCACCGCCACUGUGCAACAGUCCCGGAAAUGGAGGAUCGGAGGACAGCGGGCCGGCAUCGGAUCCAAAUGCUGGUAGCGGCUUCACCCGGUUCCUGUACAUCUUCUUCUGCGGCGUCGUGCCCACGUGCGCCAUAUUCUCCUUCUUCGUAUACUACCUGCGGCGGAACGGCAGCGGACUGCUGGCAGCCAAGAAGCGCAAACCUCCGUCGGCUAGCGUGUCUACCGGAAACAUGAAGACGGAUUCAUCGCGCAGCACCGGAUCGACGCAUACGAUGGUUCCGUCCUCACCAAACUCCCCGGACGACAUGAACUCUGCCCUGUUGAGACCCUCCAGCGAUGUCGACUUCAAAACCAACAACCACAUGUUUGGUAAAUUCAAGGGCUUUACCCUGAAACCCCUGCCCGAGCCGGGAUCGAUUCUCAAAUCGCCCAACGUUGCUUUUGUCCACCCAGUGUCCAAAUAUAGUGAAGAUCCCGCUAGUACCGUUCCCAACCGCCCAGCGCCCCCAGCUCCAAAGCUUGCCAACAGUAACAAGCCAGCUCACACUGUUCAAAUCGGUAACAGUACGUACAACAAACCGGCAGGUAUUCAUCAGAUCAACGGGUACAAGCUGGCGAAUCAUGAACAUCAGCUGGAUAGUGCUGGAGCUCCGGCUUUGCCUCCAUUGAAUCCGGGAUCCACCGCGAGACCAAUCAUCUCCAGUCCUAUCCUAGAGUCUUCAACGUGCACCAAUCGGGAGCUAGCCAAUAACAAUGGAAAGGUUCCGAUUCGACCUGCUCCAGUCCUUCCACCGCAGGUUCAGUCCAAUCCGUCCGGAUCGCAGGAAAAUAUUGAAGUUCUGAUUAACCCUACCAGCAAGGACAAGAAGCCGAAAGAGAGUAAGAUAAAUAGAAUUACAUCUUACUUGAAGAAAGAGAACGAGAAGCCACCCAAACCGGAACCGAAGAACAUUAAGAUUGCGGACAAGGAAAAACUCAAAAAUAUUGAAAUUUCCGCACCGAUCCCCAUUGCUGGAAACGAUCUGGCCAAAAGCAUGCCCAAGCUGAAUGAAGCCGAACCUCUAAGCCCAAAAUCUGCGGCUAUCCAACGCGCCAAGAGCAUGCGCGAUCCGGAAAUGUCCGAGAAGCGAUUGCCGGGAGACGGGCAAGCUUCGACGGAAUCCGCCCGGAAACCUUCAACUCUUAAACGCCCUCAAAGCAUGGUCGGUCACCGUCCAACGAUGCCUCCUCCAAGACCUCCCGUUCCACCGGCACCUGCCAUCACUGGGAUGAAGAUUCCGGGCGUCCCAGGCUACCAGAAUCCUCCGGCGCCAAAGUCGGUCACGAUCGUGACUCCUCCCCGACAGCACGACUACGACGACUGCCAGGACGUGGAAGAUUCCACGACCACCACAACGGCCGGCUCGUCACCGGCACUCGGCCAUGACAACAUCUAUUCCGUCAUUGACGAAUCUCCGUCGCCGCCGAGCAUGCUCUCACCUCCAACGACUCUUUCGUCGGGCAGUUCCGAAAGCAUGGGACUGUUGGGUGAGAUUGUAAACGAAAUCGAGAGUCGGGGUAGCGACUCCGUGUACAUAGCGACCACUCUGAAGCGGGACGGUUCCGGCAGUGGUGUCCGACGGAAGAUGGCACCACGUGCAGAGGAAGAGGAUGAUGAGCCGACGUACGUCAACACUUCGGAAAUCCAAGACGACGAAGACGGAGAGGACGCUACGGACGCCGAGGAGGAACCGUAUCCGGCCAAAUCCAGUGGAAGCACCACGUCCAGUAACUACCUGCGACCAUCGGCCAUCAAUACUCCGAUCGCGCGGGUAGCUCCCACGAAGCCAGAAAGUGUUUCAACUAGCUUAAGUAGCUUUAAGAAUAACGCCGGCCCAACGAACGUGCUGAGCACGCUCCAGUUCGAGGGACCGACCGUUGAGUCCGCCACGAAACCUCCGCUCACGGCCAAAACGUACAAACCUUAUCACAGUACGUUGACGAACGCGCGACCCGGUUCGGUGGUGACCGCCACCAAGUCGAAACUGGCUAACGGAGACGUUGGCAAGCCCAAGCUGAACCGAACUGUCACCCCGCCCGGGCUGAGUGGCGUGACGAAAAAACCCGCCACCGGUAGCACCAGCGUCCGAACGCGAAGUCCCUCGCCCAAGGGACGGACCGCGAAUGGGGGAGUGACUACGGGGAAGGCAUCGGCGGCCGCCGUGUCGACUACGGCGCAGAAGCCAAAAACGGCCGCCAAACCGGAUGCGGUUGUAAAGGGAAAGGUGGCGGCCAGUGGGAGUAAGAUUUUGACGGCUGCCGCCCGGCCUGGUCCCGGUAAGGUUUCCAAUGUGGCCUCGUUGCAGCAAAAGUUUGAGGCAAAGAAGUAAAAAGGGUUGACGUAGAGGGGUGAUUUUAACAGUUUUGUCAAGUUGUUGAUGUUUUAUGUUUUGAAGUUAUUUUCCAAUUGUAAAUAUUUAAUGUAUUUAUUUAUAUUUGUGAUUAAUAUACGAUAUUUUGUUAUGAUUUUCAGCUGGAUGAUAAUUUUCGGAUACAUUUUAGAAAUUCUUAUUUUGGGCCUCGAAUUGUAAAGUUAAUUUUGACAGCUUCAUGUGUACACAAUUAUGUUAAGGCGAGGGGUGUGUCUUUUCAUUUUUAAGGCAUCGCUACCUUUAAUUUAAAUAAAAUAUGGUGUAUCUUAUUUUUAUUGGAAAAGAUUGGAAUUUAAAAUCUCCAUUAAUUUUUUCAACGAAUUUUGAGCAACAAAAAGUUGACUGACGCAACAUGACAUUUAAAUCGCCCCUUUGCGGUUACCCAAAAUUAGAACAAUCCGUACUAACUCUGAAAUAAAAUCUAACAUCGAUUCAUAUUAUGUUAAUAUGAUCAAAUUUUUGGCUAGCGAUAUCAAAAAUUACUGUAUAAUGCAAAUAUAGGCUUCGGUUACGAAAAAUGCUUUGCGAAAACAGUUUUUUUUGCAAAUCGAUUACAGAAAACUAUUAUCAAAUUAAAUAAUCAUGUCACAAACAAAUACUAUCGCAGACAUCGCCGAGAACAAUCAAAAUUUUCUAACGAAAUAAAAACUCCACUUAAACCAGUAGAAAACCUGUCGUUGUUAUACUCCAAGCCCAAUAAACAAGAGACGCCGAUAAACAGACGACAUUUUUACGUGAAAAUCAAUGAUAAAGUCGUCUGUUUGUUUUUGUCUUUAAACCAAUCAAAAUCGAUUAAAUCGCCAGUGGCUAUUUGGAGAACUUAUCCCGCUUAACUCGCUGUAUAGAAAAUGUUGGCUUCUUGAUGUUUUAUACCCACAAAUCAGAAAUAAACGUUGCGUUGAUCUCUCCCCCUUACACCACUAGAUUGAUUAGCACCGUCUCGUCGUCUGUGUCUGUUCAUCCCACGUGGCCCGUUGGAGCAGAAUACCUUCCCCAUUCCUAGCAAGUAAAUCUAAUAAUCGAACACCUCGAAUACGUCGCGAUAAAUGAUAGAGUAAUCGGAGGAAGAUGCAACUAAACUUUGUAAAUAGCAACCAAAGAAAUGAUUUGGAGAUCGAAGAGUUCAGGGUCGUGUACAGAGUGGGAAUGUUUUGGAAAUAGUGGUAUUUAAAAUUAUAAAAUAUGUUUAUUAAGAGAUCACAAAACGAACCUUUCGAAGCUGGCGUGGUUUCGUACCAGUGCUAUGCAGAUAGUCGGACGUUAAAAUAAACGAGAAUAAUAUUAUUUAGUUCAUAUAAAGUUCUGAACUAACUUUGUCCAGAGUAACCGGUUACUGUCGGAAAUGGUCGAUUUUCCGUCAUAAAUAAGCUUUUUUUAUUAUAGCCGUCAGUGGAACGAAUAAAAAAGUGAAAUAAAAACUUUUUAAAUAUGA